GGGGUAUGCGCAUUGUCUUGGGACGUGUAGUUUUUUAUAGUCCUGCGGAAGGGGAUCGGACGGGGUGGAAGGACUACAACGUCCGUCGCGCUCUGCGCUGCCAGGGCUGUGUUCUUGGCUAUCUCGGCUGUUGGUGGGAUGUGAGCCGCAAAGUUUCCUAGCCGUAAGCGGCAGCAUUAACCCCUUCCGCUCGAGUCGGUGAUGCGAAGGGCGGGGGCUCAAUAGGUGCAAAGCCCUGUGGCUUGGGAGCCGUGCACUGAGUCGUGUGGGGUUUGCACUGACGCAGCCUCUGCGUCUAGACUCUCGCUGUGAUUACUGUUGGGUUGUCUGUAAAAGUUAAGCAAGGAUCAGAUCCUUUCUCCUCCUCUCUCUGCUGAAAGAAUCUGGGACCAUCAUUUCUACAACCAGGCGUGCAGCAAGUAAACUCUGAAAUGCCAUAAUUCAUCAUCUCCCCCAACACGCUCCUCCCUCUGAAGGAGAAGAAUAUUCCAGGACAGCUCCAUCUGGACAAAUAGACAGCUUCAGGGGAUAAACGAUUUCUUUUUGGUAUAUCUGUGAGAGAGUGAGCGUGCGUUCUCCAUUAGCCCUAUGGAUAGAAGGUGUUAUGGCUGUGCCUCCAAGUUUACCCUCUUCAGGAAAGAGUGUGGGUGCAAGAACUGUGGGCGGGCAUUCUGCUCAGGCUGCCUUGGGUUCAGCGCCAUUGUUCCCCGUUACGGGAAUGCUCAGCAGAAGGUGUGCAAGCAGUGUCAUGGGGAGCUAACCAGAGGAGUGUCUCGGACUAGUACAGCUAGAUGGUCUCCACCAGAGAACUACAAAAAGCGUGUAGCAGCUCUUGAGGCCAAGCAGAACCAGCCGAUGGGUCCGCAGAAAGGCCCAGUGAAACCCCGAGACCGGACGGGCUCCAAAUAUCAGGGGCUGUCAAAGGAGGAUCGAGCUAUUGCAGAGCGGCUGGAGAGGCUUAAGGAGGAAACGAAGCCCAAGUCCAUCCCAUCUCAAGCUGAGAUAGAAUCUAGGCUUGCAGCACUGAAGGGUGACCCCAGCAAACCCAUUCCAUCCACACAGGAAAUGGAAGACCGUCUGGCUGCCCUGCAGGGAAGAGCCCUUCCAACCAAAACUCCCAGACCGGUGCACCAGCCCCCUGAUACCAGAACCCAAGUCCAACAGUCUGAUGAUCUGUUGACCCAGCUGGCUGAGGAAGUUGCCAUUGAUGAGAGUUCUAGUCCAGGAGCCCAGCCUCAAGCUGUUAAUAUCCAGACCCUGAAUGAUCUCAAUCGGAGAAGUCAGAGUGGCAUCAGCACUGCUGAUCUGGACCCAAAACAGCUGGAGGAGGAGAAGAAUAAACUUCUGGCAGAGGCUGCUGCUGAGCUGAGGGAGGAGAACACUAGGGAGGAGAAAAUCCUAGAAGUUGCAAAGAGACUGGCAGCACUCAGAGGCCAGGACCCCGAGAAAGUUACUCUGGAAGACUAUAAGCUCCCUGACAGUGAUGAGGAGCUGACAGAGGAAGAAGCCAUUCAGCGAGUCCUAAAACAGCUCACUCAGGAAGCAGCUCUGGAUGAAGCAAGCGGCUUCAACAUCCCUGCUGAUCAGGCCACCCACCCAGCAACCUCACAGCAGAACAUACCCAAGAAAGCAAAGCUAAAGAUCCAAGCUCCAACUGCCACAGCUAGUGCUAAGAAACCCAGCCCAAUUGCUAAGGCAGAAGACAGUGAUGAUGAGGAGUUACCAUGGUGUUGUAUCUGCAACGAAAAUGCCACAUUGCGCUGCCAUGACUGUGAUGAUGAUCUCUACUGCCAGCGAUGCUUCCGGGAAGGCCAUGAUGAGCUUGACCGGAAGGAGCACCGCACAUCUAGCUAUCGUCCUCCUCGUAAGCAGAAAUGAGUCCAUGAGCUGUGGAAAGGGAAGAAGAUGGAAAAUGGAGAUACAGAGGGAGUUGUCAAGAUGGGAAGAGUUCAGGCAGACAUGCACUUGCUACCAAAACAGAGGACCUCUUGAACAAUUCGAGGAACCUCUGUAAUUCCAAAGAAGCUUGGCGAAAAUAUGACUCCCCUCCCCAAACAUAGCCAGGGAAAUAUGGCUGGGAGUGAAGUAUAUGCUCUGCAUACAUGAGAGUUUAAACCAGUGGAACAUUAUAAAAUGGAUGAAUUGGUAUAAAUGUAAAUAGCAUGAGUUUAAACCAGGGGGCAUUUGGAUGAUGGUAAAGCCAGGGAAAGAGCAUGAAUUUAAGCCACUGUGAGGCUGCAUGAUGAAUAAUUUCCUGCUUUUGCUAAUAAUUUACACAUUUUGUUCAAAAAAGAUGACAAGGCAAGUUAAAUUAAGAAAAGAUAAAAUUCUUCAUGGCUUGAUCAGAUAUGUGAUAAGAAUCUCUGAAGUGUAAUAAAGGAAUGUGUGUAGGGAAAUCUCUUGA